UGCAGGACAAGAGGAGGCGCGCUCGGGCAAUAUCCGUAAUAUCCACCGGAGAUGAGAUUGAUGUACUAAUUGGUCGAGGGUCGUUUAGCUUGUACGUUCUUUAUUUUAUUUGUUAAGGUAAGGGUUCAGCCUAGUUUACAUCAUAAGGAAUUAUUGGGAACUUUGGAUAGUAUUUUCACAGAGAAGCCGACUUUGGAUUUUCAGACAUGGAACUGUGCUAUCUGUUGCUUUCUGGAGUACUUUGUCUUCUAAUUGCCUGGUUCAUCAAACAUCUGAUAUCACGACCAAAUAAUCUCCCACCUGGUCCUACUGGAUUCAUCAAUGUUGCUUGGCAGCUCUUCAGCAAAGGCAGUUCAGACCCUCUAGCUCUUUUCUCUUCAUGGGCUAAGAAGUACGGUGAGAUCGUAUCCUUUUACGUCGGUACGAAAACGAUCGUCAUCCUCAACUCUUAUCCAGUUAUCGUAGAGGCCUUCCGACAUCCUGAUCUUCAAGAUCGACUUCAGAGUCAACUUCUUCAGGAAAUACUAGGAUUAAAAAACUGCGGUAUUGCUUUUUCCAGUGGGGAAACUUGGAAGCAGCAGCGGAAGUUUGGAUAUUCGACAUUCCGGAGUCUCGGUGUUGGCAAGAAGAGUUACGAAGAUACUGUCUCAGCCGAGAUGUCUCAGCUCUGUUCUGCCAUCGAAGAAACGAAAGGGGCCCCGUUUGAUCCUUGUAUUCUCCUCAUGCAAGCUGUUUCAAACAUCACCAGCAGUAUCAUCUUCGGAACGCAGUACAAGUAUGGAGAUAUCGAAUUCAAAAAGCUUUUGCACCUGAUUAACAAGAACGCAGAGUUGGCAGGAGGGGGCGGAGCAAUUUUGUUUCUUCCAAUUCCUGGCAUUUCCCGGAUACCAUUCGGUAUAGUGAAAACUAUGACUGAUAACAUCCGGGCUUUGAAUGCCUUCAUCGAUUCUCAAAUUGAAUCCCAUGAAUGUAAUUGGGAUCAAACGAAUCCGAAGGAUUUCAUCGACCAGUACCUUAAUAAGUUGGAGGAAACUAAGGACAUUGCGUCUUCAUUCAGCAAAAUACAACUGAUCGGUUGCAUCAACGACCUCUUCUAUGCAGGGUCUGAAACAACAACUACUACCCUAAAGUGGUGCAUUCUCUUCAUGAUGGCAUACCCAAAGGUUCAAUCACGUGUUCAAGAUGAACUUGAUCACGUGGUUGGCAGAGAGCGAACCCCAAGACUCGAUGAUAUGAAAGACCUUCCCUGCACCAAUGCUGUUUUAUUAGAGGUCCAGCGAAUGGGUUCGAUAGCACCGCUAGGUGUGCCUCAUGUGGCUGCUGCGGACACCAACAUCAGAGGCUAUACCAUCCCAAAGGGCGCCAUUAUUGUGUCUAACAUCUACGAAGUUCUGAACAGCGAGGAUCUGUGGACGGACCCUAGUGACUUUAAACCUGAAAGGUUUUUGACUGCAGAUGGAGAUCUCAUUCAUAGGGAAGAACUCAUUUUCUUCGGAACUGGUCGCCGUGUGUGUCUUGGAGAACAGCUUGCCCGGAUGGAGACAUUCUUGGGUUUCACCAGUCUCCUUCAACGAUUCACCUUCCAGAAACCUGACAGCUCACCUACCCUCUCUUUUGAUGGUAUUCUUGGAUUCACUAGGAACCCUCUACCCUAUCAGACGAGGGCAGUUGUAAGAGUAUAAUAUUGUCACCGUGAUUCGAUGAAUGGAUACUGAGCUGAAUAAUGAUGUCCUAGUGGGAAAGUAGAAUGAAACAGACAGGAGUAAGCCUAUUGAUGUUUUGGAAUAUCCAUGAACUGAUGAAGAGCGUCUGACAUGUCUGAUUACAUUUUUACCCAUAGUGGAAAUAAACAGGGUUUUCACUACUAAAAAGUACACUUACUCUCAAACUACAUAUCAAACUAACUUCUCAAACGAGAAGAAAUUUUCAUUAUUCCUGGAAAAAUGUUGUUGUGUUGUGUUUUUUGUUUCAUGUCAUCAAUUUCUUUAUUUCUUAUGCAAGAUUAUAUUUAGGGAAAUGUAGAACAAGAAUACUAAAGUUGUAUGAUAAACAUUAGGAUCGUUCCUUUCUUUUGAUAUGUAGGGGAAGGCGGGGUAGUUGAGCAUAGGGGCAAGUUGAGCUGCCACCCCCAGGCCAAUAAUGAAUGAGUCAGACAUUGUGGUGGUGUCAUGUAUUGAUGACCCAUUACAUAACCCUUUACCCCACCACAUUGUUUUCGACUUUGAAACAAAAAAUACCUUUUUUGAGGGAAAAAUACAAAUUUCAUCCAAAAAAGUAGUUUAAAAAAGGGUGUAAAAUAGAUCAGUGCUUUUUGCCCACACACGUCUUUAAAUAUAAUAAAGAAAUAAGAACAAUAUUGUUAGUCCAGGUAUGGAUCUUCAUUACUGGCAUAGUCUUUUACAUGAUGGAUGCAUAAAAAAUGUGUGGAUAUGAAAUAUCGCAUUAACUUCGGACUGGGGUUCUUUGAACCAGCCAACAUGGGGCAAGUUUUUUUCUUAUGGUGAUGAAUAAUAAAAAAAAAACCUUGAAAAGUCAUUGAUAUGCAGGCAGAAAGGUGCAAAUUCCCAUGACAGUUCUUUUACUUUUAGAGGAUGUUAGUACUCUUAUUAGCAAGUGAAAAGACUUGAAAUAAAAAAAUGAUAUUCUGAUUCUUCCCGCAUACAUUUUGUACAUAGUUUUUGUGGCUCAACAUACCCUAGAAGGUGGCACAACUUACCCCACAGAUGGGGCAAGUUGAGCCAUUUGACAUUGUUUUUUUCAAAGGUCACAAUGAAUUUCAGUGUGGGGGGUAAAAAGUUAUAUAUAGGUGAAACAUACUUCCCAAGAAUCGAAUUUAAAGUUAAGGUACUUAUUUCGACAAUAUUAUUAGUCAUAUCAAUUCUAACAUACAAAAUGCAAAAAGUGUCACAACUUAUCCCGCCUUCCCCUUCAGUUGGUAUACAAGUAGAACCAAUGAUAAGAAGUGGAUGGUAUAGGUGUCUAUCCGCAAUUUUGCGAUGUAAAUGUUAAUAAUAAAAGGUUGGGAAUUGUAAUGAUAUUUAGAUUCACCAACUUUUUUCAACGACUGUUGCAAUUGCUCAUGAAUGUUUGUUUGCGACAUCAAAAUCUAUUUGCGAAUUGUUUGUGAUUGAAAAACAUGUUUACAAAUGUUGUUUAAUCGCAAAGUGUUCUCGAUGGGUCGAUUUUAUAUAGGAUCCGUGCCAUCAUGCGGUUGCUAUAUAGGCCUCAACGAAUCAAAAGGAACUUUUCAGCGAAAAUAAAAAUGAAACUUUGAAGUGAAAUUGGGUGUUAAAUAUGUAAAUAACAUUUUUCACGAAUACAUUUGCAGAUAAACAUUACAGUGCUAAAAGACUCGUCGAACGAGCAAGAGGGAGGGGUCCAAUUACACCCAUGUUGAGACGCCUUCCCGGUAGAUGAUAGAAUUUUUAGUGGAUCCCUCCAUUUACUCGACAACCUUAUUUAUUGAAGAAAAAAAAACAUUAUAAAGGUAGCCUUGCAUUUUUUUCCUUUUUUCAUCGAGAAUGGCAUACACUUUGUUCUAUUUCCAUUGUAUAUAUUGUUAUUGGUAAUAUAGUUAUCACUUUAUACAGUGUUCACCAUAAAAAUUUAUUUACUUUUCUUGUAUAGUCAUAUUACUUGCAAUGUAUAUUCAUUUGUAUUGAUUGUAUGGUUAUCAUUUAUAUCUGUGCAAUUAUUUCUUAUCUUGUAUUGAGUUGAGAAAUGAAAUAAACUUGAAACUUGAAUUAUCUA